AUGAAAUGAUGUAAACGUAUAGUAAGUGUAAUGUUUGAUAGAGUGAUAGAGAAGUCAUUCAUUCACUGCUGUUAUCAGUUGUGAGACAAAUGUUUUUUCAACACAUGUUUUACUCUCUGUUAUGAAAAAAGUUUUUGUUUGCAAACAAUCCAUUGCUUCACUUUAUUGGUCUCUUUGUCUCAACGAUUGUCUCAUUGGUACCGAUGAGUGAGCAGAUCCAUCACCUUUUGGACACCAUUAUAGAUAAGGUUUGUGACAAUGAGGCCAUUGAGACGGCACCGGGAGGUCGGGUGAAGAGGACAGUGGGCUAUGUUUUCAGUAAACAACUCUUUUUACACUGCAAUCGAUUGCCUAAAGUUAAGGGUCGAGCACUUCUGGUCCACGAACUCAUCAGAGCCUACGGUUUGAUCGAAAAGUGUCGACCGAUUGAAUCGAUUGCCGCCAAUGAUUGUCAGAUGCGAUCGUUUCAUAGCCAAGAGUUUCUCGAUUUUGUCCGAAAAGUCGGCCAAAAUAUGACCGAAGAUGAGGACCAAACGGACGAAGAGUUUAUCAGCGAUGAGUUCGGCAUCGGAUACGACUGUCCGCCACUUCCACAGCUGUACGACUUGAUGACACACAUUGCCGGCUCGUCCAUCAGCGCCGCCGACGCCAUAGCGACCAAGAGAUGCGAUAUUGCCAUCAAUUGGUUCGGCGGUUGGCAUCACUCCCAGAGGGACGAGGCGUCCGGUUAUUGCUAUACCAAUGACAUCGUGUUCGCGAUCCUUCAUCUGCUGUCCCACGGCUUUGACAAAGUGCUGUACGUGGAUCUGGAUCUGCACCACAGCGAUGGUGUGGAGAACGCAUUCGCGCACUCAAACAAAGUGCUCACACUUUCCUUUCAUAAGUAUGAGAUGGGUUUCUUCCCCGGAACCGGUCAUACAAGUGAUGUCGGCUUCGGCUCUAAAGGCCGAUACCAUUCCAUUAAUAUUCCGCUAAACGAUGGCAUCACUGAUGAGUGUUAUGUCGAUUUGUUUAAGAAAGUGAUGGACAGAAUUCAAUUGUGUUAUAAAACGCAAGUAAUUGUGUGCCAAUCGGGUGCCGAUGGUCUCAAUGGAGAUCCGAUGAAUGCCUUCAAUCUGACAAUCGAUGGUUACUCGGAAUGUAUUAAAUAUUUGAUUUCAAUGAAUAAACCGCUAAUACUUGUUGGCGGCGGUGGUUAUCAUCUGAUGAAUACGGCCAGACUGUGGACAGCUUUAACUGCCUGUGCGCUCAACGAGACACUCGAUGAUGAUAUUCCGGACCACUCAUGCUUUCUGGCGUAUCGGCCCUCAUAUGAACUGCAUAUAGAGGCCGGACUUCGGCCUAAUCUCAACUCAAAACAAUACAUCGACAGUGUUUUGGAUAAAACUUUUAAAAAUUUAAGUUUUAUUAAUAACUAAAUGAUUAUUUUAUUUGAAUAUUUUCUAAAUUUACAAUACAUUUCAUAUUAAAAAUAAGGACCGAGAGCUUUCAUGCCUUACGAUUAAAAAUAUA